GUCGCUAUCGUAGGUAUAGGCAGUGCUUUCCCUCAACAACAAAUAACACCACAAGACUUUGAACACUAUGCACUACGUCACUAUCCUCUUACACCAGCACUCCAAAAAACACUCGCAAUAAAUCGUUCCACAGGCAUCACAAAACGCAGCAUCUCCCUCCCCCUCACUUCCCCUCACCUCUCCUCCUCCAGUCCAAAACUCAUCGAAGCGAGCACAGACCUCUUCCUAUCACUCGGCGUCUCCCUCGGCACCUCCGCAGCCCGGGCAGCAAUCUCCUCCUGGGCGGGGAACAUUUCCCAAAUCACCCACUUGGUAUGCGUCACCGUCUGCUGCUCCUCUAACCCAGGGUACGACCAAUACAUUGCCACUUCCCUCUCCCUUUCCUCCAGUGUCCAGCGUACCCUAUUGCACGGACUCGGCUGCGCAGGGGGCGUCGCACUCCUGCGUCACGCAGCCCAGCUAGCCCUCGCAGCCCACGCUUGCGGUAAGCAGGCAAACAUCCUCUGCGUGGCGAGCGAGUGCGCGAGCCUUUUUUACAGGAGCGCGCUCGAGAGGCUCGUCCUCCUCGGAGAGGCAAACCCGGCUGUGACGCUGUUUGGAGAUGGAGCGGGUGCAGUGGUCAGCAGCCCCCCAUGGAAACCGAUCUACACGAUCAAAGCCUACAGCUCAGUCCUCCUCCCCUCCUCCGCUCAAGACCUCGCCGUCCCCCUAACAUCAACAGGCUACACGGCCCUCCUCUCCCGCCGCGUCCCUGCCCUCGCAUCCUCCUCCCUCCUCCCCCUGCUCCAAGCGCUGCUCACUGCCCUCGGUUCCCCUACACCCCCGGAGCAGCUAGACUGGGCCCUCCACCCCGGAGGAGCAGCGGUAUUGAGAGCUGUACAGGACACGCUGGGGUUGGGCAGGGAGAGGAUGAGGGCGAGUUGGGAGGUGUAUGGGGAGAGGGGGAACUGUGCUAGUGCGACGGUUUUGGCGGUUUUGGAAAGGAUGAGGGGGUGGGGGGGCGAAGGCGGCAGUGAGGGGAAAGGAAGCAAGAGAAAGGAAGUGCUCUGUACUGCUUUUGGCCCUGGCGUUUUGGUGGAGAUGAUGAUGCUUCAUAGG